AUGGCCGAGCUUCGGCGCGAAGGUAGGAAAUGGGACUGGGCGAAGCCGUCCGAGGAGGAGGUGCAUGCGAGGCUCGCCGACUGCGACGAACCCCUUCGAGAUAAAGUGCCCGACACCGUCCGGGACGGGGACGCGGGCUCCGGCCUGCUAGCAAUGAGCGUGUUGCUUUGGGCUGUGAGGCGGAAGGAUCGGUUGGCCGGCGCCCUCCGUCGCAGUGCCACCAGCAUGGACAAGGUCGCUGUUGCGGGGUUGAAGGGGCUGCGGACUGAGAUGGUAGCCUUCAUCAAGAAGCAGGUCGCGCUCAUACGGUCGGGCCGAAACGUAGUUGCGGCCGACGUCUGUGACGACGACGGCGAGGAGGUUCAGUCGGCGCCCCAAGCUGGCGGUGUCGCCCCUGCCGUCGCUCAUGCGCGUGGCACCUCGGUCGGAAAGCCUGGUAGCGGCGUCGACGAGGCCGAUGCGGCAGCAGGACAUGGGGUGGCCGGGACCGAGGAGAAGCACCGGGACGAGGUUGUUCAUGGGGAUGAUGAUGGGGUCCAGGGUCGUGAGGCGGAUCGCAGUUCGGGGAAGCAGUCGGGGAAGAGCGUGCUCGACAUGCUCAAGAAGCACUGGGCUGGGGUUCGAGCGGCCAGCACUGAUCAGGGUGGUGGGGGUCCCGCCGACGAGCAUGCCACUGAUGACGCACUGCCAAGGGCUCCGCCUUCGGUCGCCGAUAAGCCACCACGACAGGGUAGCGGUGAAGAAGGGCUGCGCGACAAGGAGAAGGCGGCCGCAAAAACGGCCCCAGCUGGCCAGGGCCCGAAGACAGGGGUCGCGGUGGCGUCAGCGGUUCCUCACCAGCCCCCAGCUGGUGCACGCCCUCCGACCGGACCGUCUGCCGGGCGACCUGCCGACGUCCCGCGCUCUGCCGACGUCCCGGCUGCCGACAAGGCUGGCCGCGCGGGGAAAGGGGCGGCAGUUGCGGACGCGCUCAAGGAGCAGCUCAGGCGCCUAGCCGGCCACAAGGCUGUUCAACAGCCCCCCGCUGCUGUCGACGCCCCAUCUGCCAGUGUCCCAAAGUCGCCGGUCGUCGCCGCCCGUGCUCCUGCAGACCCAAAGUCCGCGUUGCUGCGCGCCCAGCUGGGCGCACUAGCGUCGACUGCGCCAACUCAGCAGGCUUCUGGCUCCGGCGCUAAGACGUCGUCGGCAAAAGUCGCACCACCCACCCCUGUGGCAGCUGAGGUUGAGAAGGCGGCGGAGAAGGGCGUUCGUGCCGCCCUUGCCACCGGCGGCGGCCCCGUCGAGCAGGCGCCCCCCGAUGCUGAUAUCGCUGCCAUACAGGCCCACCUGGAUGCUGCCAAUCCCCGACCGCUGGCCAUCUCCGACACGGCACAUGUGGAGCCUUCGGCGGGUCUCGUCGGCAGUCCAGCAGAGCCGACUGCGACCGGUGAUGCUGUCGGCGAUGGAAAGGCGAAACGGAAGGGGAAGGCGGGCUCACAGAGGAAGACGCGGGAGAAGUCGGAGGCGAAGGCGGCGGAUAGAGGGAAGGGGAAGGCGGCUGAGACGGCGGCUGACAAGGAUGGAGGCGGCAAUACGGGGGUGAAAGGGAAAGCGGGGGAGAAUCAGAAGUCGCUCGGCGAGGGUACGUCGACGGGGAGGAAGGGGAAGGACAAGUCGGUAGGAGAAGGUGCGUCGACGGGGAGAAAGGGGAAGGAGAAGGCGGUCGGCGAUGGUUCGUCGAAAGGGAGAAAGGGAAAGCGGAAGGCGGCGGAGGAGGAUGUCGAGGAGGUGGAGGACGUCGAGCAGGAGGAAGAAGAAGAGGCGGAGGAGGAGGUGGAGGAGGCGGAUGAGGACGAUGAGGAGGAGGAGGAGGUGGAGGAGGAGGAGGAGGAGGAGGAGGGGGGGAAGAGCAAGGAGAGGCGGGGUCAUGGCAUCCGACACGAUACCUCGGGCGACAAGCUAGGAUGGGUCGGCGAGAUUAAGGUGCACGGCAUCAAUCGAUACAUCGGCAAGUCGCGUGAGAAGAUGGAGCUCGCGUACGUGCACUCCAUCGCGUUCGUCGUCUACGACGGUUUCGUGAGCAAGGUGCUCAUGAACGAGCUCACCGUCCUGGACAGCGCCGAGUUGGAGAGGUGGAAGGAGGUGUGGGAGGAGGUCAGGAUCUUGCCGACCGGGAUGUGGACGGUGAUGUGGGCCCGGGGAACGCUCCUUCCAAAGACACGGCUGAAUGAGAUCCUCGACAAGUAUCGACAUUACAAGACCACUGGCGAUGCGCUGCACGCCGCGCUCCUGCCAGCGAUAUGGUACCCAGUCGAUCCCGACACCGAGGAAGGCCGAGAGAAGUCGGCGUCCAUGCUGUCCGCGUUGAUUGGCCGCGUGUCAAUGUGCGCUGCGUAUGGGAAGACCGCUGCGACAGCGGCGAGAAAGGAGGGAGACAGCGACGAGAAGACGGAUAUGGCGGCAUGGGCGUUAGGAGCAUCCGCAUGCGCUGUGUGGUGCUUCGUCGAGAACGGCGAUGCCCAGGUGGAGGAUGCUGUGGAAGAAGGGAAGGCGGCGGCGCUUGUGGGCGGAGCGAGCCAGGCGACCGCCGAUGUAUUCGGCAAAGUCAUGGAGGCGGUGCUGAACGCCGAGAUCAACAGGGACCGCCCCCUGGGAGAGGUUGCUUACAACGUCGCGCCAGCACUCAAGAGGACCGCCCUUGACAUGGCCUAUCCGGGGGUGGAUGCCGGAGUCGAUGCCGACGUGAUCGCAAGAGCGACGGUCGAGACGAUGGCGUUCUGGGGAAUGUGCCCCGUCGCCGGGCCGAAACUCAAAGCGAGGGGCAUCGCGGUGCCGAUUGACGCGCAGAUGAAGGCCGAUGGUCAGAAAUGGUCAGAGGGGCAAGAAGGCGACGAAGGCCAAGGGCGGCACGGAGAAGAAGGGGACGAAGGGCCAGAAGGCGAAGGAGUCGGCGUAGUCGGGGAGGGGCAUAUGUAG